AUACAUGUAAAGAUCUCCGUACUUGGCACACGCGCCGCCUUCGUUCAUUGUUGCGUUUCUAUUACAACUUGUAUUCAUGAAAAUAAUACGUGUUUGUUGACACAAAUGUAAAGUUAAUAAUGUAUUUAAAAAAUACACAGUAGAGCUCCACGCGCGACACAAGUAGUUUUAACCAAGAAUUUUCUUUUUUUUACCUCCUUUUAAUUUUGAUCGACGAGUGUGUAUGUAAAUAGAAAAUGAGUGGAAAAUAUGGAGCGACGGAUGUUAAUGGAACAACCUGUGAUAUUCAAGAAGAAAUCGUCGUAGAUAAUGAAGUUGAUUCGAGUGCAUCGUACAAGAGAAGAUGGUGGCGUGUCAGUCAGAACGUGCUUUACGGACUAGGGCAUGUUUACAACGACCUCUGCGCUGCGAUGUGGUUCUCAUACAUGCUGCUUUUCUUUCAAGCAGUCCUGGACAUGAGAGCUGUCGUAGCUGGAGCUAUGCUGCUUCUAGGACAAGUUGUAGAUGCACUUGCAACCCCUGUUGUGGGAGUUUUGGCUGAUAAAUACGGAACUAAGAAGGCAUGGCAUUUGACUGGAUGCAUUUUAGUAACAGCGACAUUCCCGUUGCUGUUCAUUAGAUGUUGGGGUUGCUGGUUUAAUGAAAACACACAGUAUUUGUACUGGUGGAUGCCACUAUAUUAUGCGGUCCUAAUUAUAUUUUUCCAAAUUGGUUGGGCCGUGGUACAAAUCUCACAUCUGGCUAUGAUUCCGUCAAUCACCGACAACCUUCAAGUUCGUGCCGAAUUGACUUCUAUUAGGUAUAUGGCUUCUGUGAUGUCGAGUCUCACUGUUUACCUGAUAACUUGGGUUGUUUUGAGGGCAACAACCUACAGUACAUUCAUCAGCCAAACAGAUGAUUACAAAUUUCGGGACGUCUCCUUGAUAAUUUCUGGUUUGGGAGUAAUAUCUUUCAUGGCCUUUCAUUUAUUUUUCAAACUUCGAAGAGAAGAUAAAUCUGGCAAAGGAGCACCCGUUGUCCAGAACGGUAAUGGAACUUUCGUCCACCAAGACAACGAAGCAGCGAAAUUACCCGCUAAAUCUAAAAUUAUGUACUUCCUGCGAAUGCCGUUGUUAUAUCAGACCAGUUUAUUAUAUGUAUUUUCUCGUCUGUAUUGGGCAUUGAGUCUUGUGUACGUGCCAUUGUUCUUGGAGGAACGUUUAUCUGUGAACCCGAGUGCAGGAUCAGAGCUAGUUGCGAGUGUACCUCUUGUGCUUUACAUUUCAUCGUUCUUUUUCUCGCUACUACUCAAGAGCAAGAUUAACAGUUUUGGCAACCAGGUGGUGUAUUUCAUUGGGAGUUGCUUAAGCUUAGGAAGCUGCCUGUGGAUUGCAUUAGCCAUAGAUCCGGAAGCGAGCAUAGUUCAAAUCUACAUGGUCGCAACACUCAUUGGGGCAGGAAGCUCAAUCACGCUCGUCUCCAGCCUAUGUGUCACAGCAGAUCUCAUAGGGCCGCACUCACACCAAAGUGCUGCCAUCUAUUCUAUAGUGACAUUUGCAGACAAACUUGUUACGGGUAUAGCUGUCGUCGCUAUUCAGAACUAUAAAUGCGAUGAUGUUGUGGAUUGUCCUCAAUAUUAUCGAGGGGUGCUCACGUACGCAUGCGGCGGAAGUGCCGCACUUGGCAUAUUGUCUUUGUCUCUCACUAAACUAAUUUCAAUCAAAACUAAACCAGAGGUGUAAUGUAUAUUAAUGUUGUCCCUAUGUCAAUAAUAUUUUUAGUUAUAAUAACACUAGAAUCUACAAUUGUGUAUAGUAUCAUAAUA